GCGUGCGAUUUUUGAUCAAAGACAAAUUCAUCAUAUCGUCAUCACAGAGUGUGUUGUGUAAUUUAUAUUAAAAAAAUUUAAAAUCAUCAUCAUGAGUACCUUUGAUUUGGAUCAAUAUAUUGCAUCAUACAGUGGUCUUACCAAGGUCAAGAGACUUGUAUUUAUUAGUGAAAAUUCUAAAGAUCUUCGCGGUAAAGCUCUUUCUAAACUUUUUGAAUUAUUAAAGAGUGGAAAGAACACAGCUCUCUACAAGGAACUUGUUGAAAAGUACGGAAAGGAUGCUGGACAAACAUUAGACAGCGAAUGGAUUACCCAAGUUGAUCGAUCAGCCACAAAACAACAAGAAAAGCUUGAAGUUGAACUUAAUGCCCAUAAAACAAACUUGAUCAAGGAAUCUAUUCGUACUGGACAUAAUGAAUUGGGAGAUUUCCAUUUGGAAAGAGGAAACUUGCAAGAAUCAUUGAAGAGUUAUCUUAGAACAAGAGACUAUUGUACAUCAUCUAAACAUGUUAACGAAAUGUGUUUGAAUGUUAUUCGUGUCAGUGUUGAAAUGGGUAACUAUGCUCUUGUCAACCAAUAUGUUACAAAGGCUGAAAAUACUCCUGAUGUUUCUGAAGGAACUGACAUUAUUACCACAUCAAAGAUUUUGGCAUCUUCUGCUUUGGCUAAUCUUGAAGGAAAGAAGUAUAAGAUUGUUGCUAGAAAAUUAUUAGAUUGUGAAAUUGUUUUAGAAAAUUCUUUCAAUGAUGUAAUUACUUGUAGUGAUAUUGCUCUUUAUGCUGGUUUGACAGCUCUUGCCACCUUUGAUAGACGUGAAUUGAAGGAAAAGGUUUUGUCUAAUAAUAAGUUUAGAGCUUUCCUUGAAUUGGAACCUGAUGUUUCAAAUAUUAUUAAUUGUUUCUAUGAAUCCAAGUAUACUGCUUGUUUGGAAUCACUUGAUAGAUUACUACCAAGAUUAUUGUUAGAUAUUUAUUUGAAGGAACAUGUUACUACUUUGUAUGAAAAGAUCAGAAGCAAGGCUUUGGUACAAUAUGUCAGUACUUUCACUUCUGUUGACAUGAAUAAGAUGGCUGUUGUUUUUAACACUACUGUAGAAAACUUGGAAAAGGAAAUUGCUGCUUUAAUUAUGGAAAAGCAAAUCAAGGCCCGUAUUGACUCACACAAGAAGAUCCUUUAUGCUCGUGUUACUGAUAUUCGUAAUGCCACCUAUCAAAAGGCUUUGGAAAUGGGUGAUUCAUUUAUCAGAGAAUCUGAAGCUUGUAUUUUGAGAAUGAACAUUAACAAACAAAAGGACUUUGCUGUUAAACCAAAUAGAAAACUUGCCAAGCAAAUGAUGUUCUAAAUAAAUAAAAAACUACUGUAU